AUGUCGGGAGAAGACUCGGAGAUUGUACAAGAUGUUAUCGCUCAGUACCCUCGGUUACUGAUCGAGAACUACUGCAUCGUAGCAUCGUCUGCGCUCUUGUGGUUUGACUUCGUGUUGACGCUUCCGGACGAGUACCGCAGAAUAUGGAAGCAGAAGUUCUCAGGAGCGACAGUGAUAUACUUUUUGAUGCGAUACGUCGCGGUCAUCGAGAGGAUAUUCCUUGUGCUGGAGGUUCUCGUAUGGAACUCAAGCGAUCGGACCUUCAGCAUCAACAGAGACUCGUUCAGGAUGGGAUUCGAUACUCCGUUGGCGACAUUGCUCCUGCGAGAUGGAACGGCCUACUUCUUAGUCUCGCUCAUAAUUCAGAUUAUCACUAUCAUCUCCAACAGCAUCGGUUCUGAUGUCACAGUCUGGCUUGUGUGGCCUUACUUUGAGCAAGUCGUCACCGUGAUCUGCUUCUCGCGCUUCAUGCUCGACCUGCGCGGUAUCUACUUCACCGGGCGCGAUGGGCGCGAGGCAGACACGACACUUCACCUGUCCGACGUCAGGUUCGAGGGCAUCACGUCCACGAUAAUCGGCAACCUCGGCUCGACAACAUCUGCGGCGCAGGUCGAGAUCCCAGGCCCCGAGCUCCCGGAGGAUAGCGACGCGUCGCCCGGCCCCGAGUCGGCGGACUCGCUCGAGCGCAGACAUGUGUGGGAGUGGCGCGACGACGAGGUCGAGUUGAGCGACGACCCGUUCAAGGCAGGCUUUCAGAGCCUAGAGAAGCGUCCUGCGUUCUUUGCAACGGUUGCGGAGGCGUCCGAGACGAGGGAGGCUGAAAAGGUGGAUGGAACGGAAUUUCAGGUCAGCGAUUAUAUUCUGAAGUUGGCGAAGUGCGAGCCUUUGACUGAGCCUUCACGUUGGCAGGGAACUCAAAUUGGAGAUACCUCACCUGUCUAA